AUGGCGGUCCUAGACGAACUCGAAAGCGGAACUCCCUUGGAGAAUCUCUCAAGUACAGACGAAGAGACUCAGACGCCGAGCAUCGACAACUCUAGUCCAUUGACUUUCGAAGACCCUCAUGAUCCCGCGAAUCCCAAAAAUUGGUCGUUGUUGAGAAAACUAUUCAUUACUUUCAUAUGGAUAGCCGGAAAUCUGGUGGCCUCGGUAUCUUCGAGCAUCUUCAGCAGUGGUGCUCAAGCAAUUAGCGAAGAGUUUCACGUCGGUACAGAAGUUGUAACUCUAGGAGUUAGUUUAUUCGUUGUUGGCUAUUCCGUUGGACCACCGUUUUGGAGCCCCAUAUCUGAACAAUUUGGAAGAAGAAAGCCCAUGAUUGCCGGCAUGGCGCUUUUCACUCUCUUCUGCAUUCCCGUCGCAGUGGGGAAGAACUUGCAAACGAUUCUCGUCGGCCGAUUCUUCUGUGGAGUUUCCGGUGUAGCGCCCAUUGCUCUAUUCGGAGGUGGCCUCGUCGACAUCUGGCAUCCAGAACAACGCGCAAUUGCCAUGGCAACUGUCAUUGGCAUAGUUCUUGGAGGGCCCUUGCUUGCCCCGGUAAUGGGCAACUUUAUCACUGCUAGUCACCUCGGCUGGCGAUGGACCGGAUGGCUAAGCUGUAUCAUGGGAGGAGCUUGUACGGUUCUGUGCGUCCUCGGAUUGCCAGAGACAUAUCCGCCCAUCAUCCUGCAAAAGAGGCAAAAGCUGAAUCCAGCGUCUCAGAACGCACCGAGGGACACAGGCGGAUGGAAUAGAUUAGUCCGCGUAUAUCUAGUUCGACCUUUUGUUCUACUCGCGACCGAACCCAUCUUGGUCCUCAUGACCCUCUAUCAGGCCUUCGUCUAUGGCAUUCUCUACAUCGUCUUCUCUUCAUACCCCAUCAUUUUCCGCGAACAACGUCACUGGAAACUCGGUCUAUCAUCUCUUCCCUUCUUGGGCAUGAUGGUUGGAGUCUUUAUUGGCUCUGCCAUGAUUGUCACACGUACCGUGCUGGUUCAACAAGCGAGCCUUAAAAAGAAAGCUGAAAAUAGUUCUGAUUCCGGCCAAUCACCAGCGCCUGAGAUGCGUUUACCACUGAUGAUGGUUGGCAGCAUUCUCCUACCUAUCGGGCUGUUUAUCUUUGGAUGGACUUCUGCUCCUCACAUUCCCGUGGUGGGAAUGAUCAUUGGCAGUCUCUUCAUCGGUGCAGGUUUGCUGUGCAUCUUUGUUACCGCAAUGACAUACAUUCUGGAUGUCUAUUCGCACAUUGCCAACAGCGCACUCGGCGCAAAUACUAUUGUACGCUCCUUUUUCGCGGCGGGAUUCCCUCUCUUUGCCAGUUACAUGUAUCAUGACCUUGGUGUUGCAUGGGCGUCUAGUGUCUUGGGAUUUGUGAGCGUCGCCAUGAUUCCAAUUCCGAUUCUCUUUUACAAAUAUGGGCCGCGUAUCAGAGCUCUCUCUAAGAACUUGAUGGUGUGA